AUGGCGUUACAAGACCUUGUUUCUGGUGUCAUCGCCGCUCACCCCGUCCUGAACUUCAUCCUUGCACCUCUGUUGCUUCUGUUAAUUCGUUCGGUAUACCGCGUUUACUUCCAUCCGCUCUCACACAUCCCUGGUCCCUUCCUUCCAAAGCUUACAUCUCUUUGGCUGCAUUGGCAUGCCUACAUUGGCAAUGAGGCCAGUACCAUCCACGAGCUACACCAGCAAUAUGGUCCAUUCGUCCGGGUAUCACCUCAGGAGGUCGACAUAAGCGAUGCUGAUGCUAUACACACAAUUUAUGUAUCAAAAGGAGGUUUCCCAAAGGCGGUAUGCUAUGCCAACUUCGACAUUGACGGGCACAAAACCAUCUUCUCGACUACAGAUGGAGACUACCGUAGUCCAAGAGCGAAGGCUGUGGUACCACUGUUCUCUACGAAGUCUCUAAGGGAGAAUGAGGCUGCAAUUUGGGGCUGUGUUGAUCGUAUGGUGGAUCGCCUACAGCAAGAAGCUUUGACAAGACGACCAGUGAAUGUACUGAACCUGACGCGAAGCUUGGCCGUAGAUGCUGUCUCUACACAUCUGUUUCGAGAAAACUACGACGGAGUCAGUGAACGUGGUCCAGUGCUUAGUGUCAGUGCAUUUGUGGACGCAUUCGUCGCUGUUGGACGGUUCUUCUACCUACCCAACACCGCUUUUGUGUGGCUAGAAUGGGCAGCCACAAAGUGGGCAUCUGAUCGAGCGACAGACGAUAGCAUGUCACUGGUUGAUAAGUUUGUAGCGAACCUGGUUGCCAACACGACACCCAAGUCAACCACGUAUCCGGGACGUCUUCUAGCUGCGGGACUCAGUGACUCGGAGGUCAAGGCGCAAUGCAAGGAUCUCAUCUUUGCAGGAACGGACUCAACGGGUAUGAAUUUGGCAACCAUCAUGCGCUACCUAGCUUUACAUCCCGAGAAGUACCAGAGACUGAAAGAGGAGGUCAAUGGCAACGAUACUCUUGAAGCUGAUGCACUGGACGUGCAGGCUUUACCCUACCUCAAUGCGGUCGUCAAGGAGGGUCUUCGUAUCAGCAUGGCCAACCCCACUCGCCUACCUCACGUUGUCCCUACAGGAGGAUGGACCUUCAAGGAUGUUUACUUCCCCGCUGGGGCUAUUGUCGGCUGUUCCGCAUAUGAAUUGCAUUUCAAUCCCACCGUCUUCCCUGAGCCCGAAAGCUUUAUUCCUGAGAGAUGGCUAAAUACUACCGAAGUAAUGUCCAAAUACUGGUUUGCGUUUGGCGCUGGUAGCCGUGCGUGCAUUGCCAGGAACCUGGCUUCUAUGGAGUUGCAGUUCGCCACCGAGAGAGUAGCGCGGAGGGAAGCAUUGGAUGGUGCGAAGGCAGUUCAGAGCCAAGUUGAGAUCUACGAAUGGUUCAACAGCAAGGUCAAGGGAGAGAAGAUUGAAUUGAUAUGGUGAUAGGAUAUUCAGCAGCCAUCAGCCCGAUGCCCAAGAGGUUCUAGACCUCUGGACCCGGACGUACUAGUGGAAACAUCGCACAAAUGCAUCGUACAAGUCGGAGUC